AUGUUGCGCCGAUGGUCCUGUCUGAUCCUCUGUCUUUUGACCGUCUCCCUACGCGUCGCAGGCCAAGGGUCGAACGUGACAACGUGUGUCCCCGAUUAUGCUUGGUCAAUCAACAAUCUCAAUCAAACACCAUGCUUAGUUGCAUCGUACUUGGAGAGUCUUUGCGGUAUUCGGUUGAUAGUAUUCCAAACGGCACGCAUUAUUUGGGACCGCAAACUUUCUCCCAAGCAGACGCUUGUAAAUGCAGCAGUGUUACAUAUAGUGCAAUCAGUGCCUGUGGAGGGUGUCAAGGGCGGACGUUCCAGAACUGGACUACAUGGAGCCAAAAUUGUCCGACGUUUCCCCAAAGAUAUACCAGAAGAAGUGCAGGUUCCCGAGUGGAUGAAAAUAAAUGUUACUUUAACUGGUAACAAUUUCGACCCGCUUAUUGCACAGCAAGUCGGUCAGGGUACACCUGCCCCAACUUCACUGAUCCCACAACUGUCUUCGAGUUCAAUUCCUUCUGCAAGUUCCCCAACAUCCAUCAUUGAUUCCCCAACCCAGAUUCCCGAAGUUGCUCCGUCGACUAAGAAGUCCAACGCAGGCGCCAUUGCUGGCGGCGUUGUUGCUGGUCUUGUUGUCAUUGUACUCAUCAUUCUCUUUGUCUUGUGGAAAAUCAUUCGUCAACGCAGAAAUGCCGUUCAGAAGGACUUCUCGUUUAAUCGCAAGGCACUGGUUUCGGGAACUAAUGUCACAUCCCAUCCAACUGGGACUUCUGGAAUCACUUCGGGGGCUACUGGAGUCACUCCUAUGACGACUGGGGUCAGUUAUUACUCUCCCGAUGGGCCUUCCCCAAUCCCGUACGGCGGUCAAAGCCUCUACGCCACUUCCGAAUAUCGCUCUGCAUAUUCCAUGUCCCCAACUGCAUCAUCGGCUAUGUAUACUACCCCCCCUGAACGACGUUCAUUGGAGAGUAUAUCGCCUAGUAUGGUGCAACUAGGAACCUAUCAACCGCAAAGAACCCAGCCUCUCGGGUUCAGAGGUGCUGCAGAGCUGUCAUGA